AUGGAUAAAGAAGAUGGAGAUUUGGGGAUGAAGGAUGAAGAUGGAGAUUCCCAGAUUUUGGAGAGAAUGGAUAAAGAAAAUGCAGAUUUGGAGAUUUUGGGUAGAGUGAAAAAUGAAGAAGAUCCAGAUUCAGAGAAGAAAAUGAAGGAUGAAGAUGAAGAUUCCGAGAUUUUGGACAGAUUGAAGAGAUUGAAGAACAAAAAAGAUGAUCGACAUUGGAAGAAUCAUCGAAGAAGAAGAUACGAUUCCUCAAUGGCAAUGUCAUGA